CAGCUAUCUGUCAAAAAUAGUUUAAUUGACUAAAGUUUAGUUUAAUUUAGAUUCAAAUUCUUCUCACUUUUUUCUUGUACCUUAAUAAAAAUUUACUUAUUAAAAUGACAAUUUAUUCAAUAAUCCGUGGCAGAAAUAUUUUCAAUUCAAUUCCAUUACGAAAUAUCAAAUAUGCAUUCUCAUCUCAUACCAAGUUUGCGGAACAUAAGCCUAUUGAAAAAAUAAGAAAUAUAGGAAUAUCUGCCCAUAUCGAUAGUGGAAAAACAACUCUUACAGAACGUAUAUUGUUUUAUACCGGUAGAAUUGCAGAAAUGCACGAGGUUAAAGGUAAAGAUAAUGUUGGUGCAACAAUGGAUUCGAUGGAAUUAGAAAGGCAACGGGGUAUAACAAUUCAAUCGGCUGCAACAUACACUAUAUGGAAAGAUCAUAAUAUUAAUAUUAUUGAUACUCCAGGACAUGUGGAUUUUACAGUAGAGGUUGAGAGAGCUCUUCGGGUAUUAGAUGGAGCAAUUUUGGUACUGUGUUCUGUCGGUGGUGUUCAAAGUCAAACACUUACUGUAAAUAGACAAAUGAAACGCUAUAGCGUACCUUGUUUAGCUUUUAUUAAUAAAUUAGAUAGGCAAGGAGCAAAUCCUUACCGCGUAUUAUCCCAAAUGAGAUCAAAACUAAAUCAUAAUGCUGCAUUCAUUCAAAUUCCUAUAGGAACAGAAAACAAUUGCAAAGGAAUUGUAGAUUUAAUUUCUGAAAAAGCGAUUUAUUUCGAAGGAAUGUUAGGUACAGAGCUUAAGUAUGACCAAAUACCAAAGGGCAUGGAAGCAGAAUCAAAAGAUCGGCGACAAGAGCUAAUCGAACAUUUAUCUAACGUUGAUGAAACUUUUGGAGAAUUGUUUUUGGAAGAAAAAGGUUUAACAGAAAACGAUAUAAAAGCGGCAAUUAGGCGAACCUGCAUUAAGCGUACUUUCACACCAGUGCUAGUGGGUACAGCUUUAAAAAAUAAGGGUGUUCAACCCUUAUUGGACGCCGUAUUAGAUUAUUUACCAAAUCCAGGAGAAGUAACUAAUUAUGGUUUAUUAGAAAAAACAGCAGAUGAAAUAGAGAAAGUUAAUUUGAAUCCAGCACGAGAUGGUAAAAGCCCUUUUAUGUCACUUGCAUUUAAAUUGGAAGCUGGCAGGUUUGGACAACUUACUUAUUUACGUUGUUAUCAGGGAAUGCUCAAAAAGGGAGAUACCAUUUACAACGCAAGAACUUUAAAAAAAGUGAGAGUGGCUCGCCUUGUACGUUUACAUUCUAAUCAAAUGGAAGAUGUAAAUGAAGUAUUUGCAGGAGACAUAUUUGCGCUUUUUGGGGUUGAUUGUGCGAGCGGUGAUACAUUUGUGACAGAUCCUAAACUACAAUUAACAAUGGAAUCAAUGUUUGUACCUGAACCAGUUGUUUCCAUGUCAAUUAAACCCAGUAAUUCCAAAGAUCGUGAUAAUUUUGCAAAAGCUAUUGCUCGUUUCACAAAAGAAGAUCCUACGUUUAGAUUCGAAUAUGAUCCAGACAUUAAGGAGACACUAGUUUCCGGAAUGGGUGAAUUGCAUUUAGAAAUUUAUGCUCAACGUAUGGAACGCGAAUAUGGAUGUGCGGUUAUUUUAGGGAAACCAAAAGUAGCUUUUCGAGAAACUUUAGUUGCUCCUUGUGAAUUUGAUUACUUGCACAAGAAACAAUCUGGUGGUCAGGGGCAAUAUGCUCGAAUUAUUGGUAUUAUGGAACCCCUACCUCCAAACAAAAACACUUUACUAGAAUUUUCUGACGAAACUAUGGGAACUAAUGUUCCCAAGCAAUUCGUCCCUGGUGUUGAGAAGGGUUUUCGAGAAAUGGCCGAGAAAGGGCUAUUGACUGGAAAUAAAUUAUCAGGAAUUAAAUUUAGACUUCAAGAUGGUGGUCAUCACAUAGUAGAUUCCAGUGAACUGGCUUUUAUGUUAGCUACACAUGGUGCUGUAAAAGAAGUUUUUCAAGCAGGAUCUUGGCAAAUUUUGGAACCAAUAAUGUUUGUUGAAGUUACUGCUCCCGAAGAAUAUCAAGGCACAGUUAUUGGUCAGUUAAAUAAAAGGCAUGGAAUUAUUACUGGAACCGAUGGUGCAGAUGGUUGGUUUACAGUUUAUGCUGAAGUUCCAUUGAACGACAUGUUUGGAUAUGCUGGAGAAUUAAGAUCGAGUACGCAAGGUAAAGGAGAAUUCUCAAUGGAAUAUAGCCGAUAUUCACCAUGCCUACCGGACAUUCAAGAUCGCUUGAUUAGAGAAUAUCAAGAAUCACAAGGGUUGACGGAAGAAAAGAAGAAAAAGAAAAAUUAAUAAAUAGUUUAUGAUUAUAAUAUUUAAGUCUAAAUUUUAGAAUUUCUUAUAAUCAGUUUUAUACCACUGUGAUAAAUUUUGAACAAUAAGUUACAUCUAUAAAAGUAAAUUAAACAAAUCGAAAUUAAAUUUUUUUUUUAUUUUAACUUAUUUUAUUUAAAAUAAACAAAAAUGUUGAUCUUAGUUUUGCCUUUCAAAAUUAAAUAUGUAUUUUAUUCAAGGCAUUGAGAGUAUGUAAUGUGCAUGCAUGUAAAAAGGUGGCUAAAUUUAGAAAUUUUAUAACACUUUAUUUAGUCUUUCCAAAUAUAAACUGAAUUUAAAUUUUAACGAAAACAUUUUAUGGUCAGGUAAAAUUAUUAUGAGUAAUUUUU